GCCAAGUACAGCACACUUUUUAUUCAUAUGGUAGGGUGAGGCUUAAGAGGGUGAGCCUUUGUUAUGGUUUGUGACAACUAAACAUGGUGAACAUGGUAAACCUGUAAUAGUUGUCUGUCAAAUAAUAAAUAAGAUUGGUCAAAUAAGUGUAGUUAAAUCUUGUUUGCAUGGUGACGUUGCCCGGAGCAAACCUGGCGCGAUGACAUCAUUCAAGCGAGGCGGAGGUGGUCUACGUGAUGACGUCAUGUCUACGUGGUGAGGGCGCCCUAUAUAAGGCGAGAGGAGCGAGCGAGGACCUCGCGCAGUGCGGACGGAAGCUGGACCUGGGGCGCGGUGGGCAGCGAAUUUGAUCCCCAGAGACCCAGAGAGACCGAGCGGCUGCUGGGGGUGGUGGGGGGAGACGGGAGGUGGUGGGGGUCGAUGCGUUACAACGAGCGGGAGUUGGUGAGCCUGGCGGGGCAGCCCUGCCAGAGGCAGGCGCGGGUGAAGAUGCGCGCAUGGGCCGCGGGGAAGCGAGAAGGAUACAAAGAGCGAAAUAUCAAGUUGGUGAUGAAUUUCCUAUUCUACUUCAGAGUCGAUGAGACAGAGCCGGUGGGAGCGCUGGUCCUGGAGGAGUGCGAGGUGGAGCGAAACUCGCUACCCAAUUCCCACUGCUUCUCACUCGUGUACCGGGGUGGGACGGAGCAGCGCUACUGCUUUGAGUGCUCCUCCAUAUCCGAGUGUGACGAGUGGAUGAAGCUGCUGGCAAGAGCGAGCUACGAGAGGAUCAGGAGGAGGGCGAUUGGCCUCCGGGAGGAGAUCCGGCAGCGCACGGGGAAGGAUCCCCUGGAGCAGUACGGGAUCUCGGACGAGUCGCGGUUCCAGCUGGCACAGAGGAGGCUCUGACAGCGCCGCCACCAUCUCCCCAGGAACUUGGAGCCCUGGGCAUGCCCCUGUGCGUUGGGACGUGGGAGGGGUGGACCGUAGGGGACGGAGUGGACUGUGAAUCGCUUCCCAUCGCCUUCCUCGCCGGUGGACACGUGGUGUGCGUGCACGUACAUACACGCGCUUGAUCGUUGGUACACGUGCGUCCUGUGAAGAGCCAAAGAAAACAUAGAGGGUGGAGUCCGCGGCCGUGGGUGGAGAGUGGCUCCAUUGCAGCUGUGUCACCAUCAUCGUCGUCGUCACCGUCCAAGCGUUUUUAUUUAAUACCAAACACCCCCAAGUUGUUGCGUGACUGCUGCCACGAGCAUCCCACUGUGGGGCGACGUGCGGCUUGGACACGGAGAAGUUCUUGCGCUCGUGUGCUCCUAACCACCGCGCGGUGAAGUGGUGUCUAGGAUGCAGUGCAGAGAGCAAGUUGCCGCCCCCUUACCUGUGCUGAGCUCCGCCUCGUGGGUGUGUGCGUGUGUGGGUUCUCCUUGUGCACUCCGCUGUCCGACAGCAUUGCAAUGAAUGCUGUCAAAUGGAAUUGGUCAAACAUCCCAAUGCAGGUCCCUCUUGAAAGAGAGUCUUAUGAUUCUCAGCCUUGUGCGAGUAGAGAUAUGUUUCAAACUGUUCAUUGCCACGUCAUCUCUAAUCAACUGCAAAUAAGAGUCUGUUGAAAAACCAGGAACGGGGCCAAACGGUGUGGUACUAGUUUGUGUGUAUGUAGACAUUAUUUCGCACCAUACCUAGCCAAUCGUGGUAAUCGGAGGUGCGGGAGAAGGACAACAAACUGAACGCAAAGCAGUUUGUGUGCAAGCGUUGAACCUGGCCCACGGCGUUCCAUUCCUGGUCACGACUAACAUCGGUGAAGAACUAGACAAGUGAACUGGCCCUGGGCCUCCCCCAACCCGCACUGAUGAGUGGAGUGAGGUAUGGUCUAAGCAUUCUCCACGACGAACACGGUGUGAGAAGACCUUUAUCCACCAGUGGAUUGACAAAGGGCUGUUGGUGAUAAACAUCUGGAGAGCAGUCGGUGUCACUUUAGAAUUGGUGGCAUAUUUGCCUUCAAAUCGGUACAAACUGAAUUCAGCAACCACGCCUCGUUGAGAUACUGUUGGCAGUGGUGCACAAAUAACAAGACGUCACGUUUGUCAAUAGCAUUGCCCUAAAGAGGAAAUAAUAUUUGAACUAUAAAUGUUUUAAUGUAAUUUUAUAAGAGGUGACACUUUGGGCAGUGGCCCUUCUCUUUAUAGCAGAGAUCAUCAAAAGCUGUUUUCCAAAAUGUUUCCGGUUUUAUAUUUUUCCCUCUUUCCAGUGGCAUCACAGAUGAACGUGGGUUUUGGGAAAAUGAAAAUGGCUGAAUUUUAUUUUUUUAUAAAUCCUGAGCGACCCUUU